GCUCCUUGCGUUGCUCGCUGUGAUACAUUGCGAGCGGAAUCGCAAGUCACGGCAGCUGCAAGUGCGCGACGCCGGCCUCGCACCGAGCACGCUUGCCGACGCGCCGUGCCCGGAUGCAGCGACGUGUGGAUUACUUCUCGCUUCAGCCGCCCGUCCUCGUGCCACGCCCGCGGCCUCUCGGAUCUGGUGUCAUGACUCGGCCGUAAGACCUCUUCGGGCGUCCUUUGCGGCUGAGUUGUGGACGACCGACCUCAGGUUCAGGUCUAUGAUCGUCAUCAGCACCAUCAUGGCGCCGGCAGACUCCCCGCGCCUCAACCUCGCCACGACCUCCCGCGACUUCCUGGCGACGGUCGACUACCCGCUGCGGCCGGCGGUCGCCCGAACGUGGGGCAAACCGCAGCGGCGCCGCAGCAACUGGAAAUGCUGCUAUUUCCCGCAGUCGUUCCCCGUGUACCGCAUGCAGCGGCUAGUAAGUGUGCUGCUUUGUCUGCUGGGCGUGGUCCUCCUGUCGGUGGUGGCGUUCGUGCUCGUGCAGGUAACGCCGCCGCAGGAGAUCCUGAGAGGAAGGUUCGGCUACACGAGCGGCGGCGCGGUCGCGAGGGAGAGCGCGGACGCGGCCAUGACUCAAGGGGGGCUGGAGGUGGUCAGGACGGCCCGGAAACUCGAGGACCACCCUGAGUACAGACGCAGCCUGGAGGACGACUAUAACAGCGAGGACGAGGGGGGCGAAGAGGAGGACGAGGCCGACGACCUGGUGCUCACGGCGGACGGAUACGACGACGACGGCUACGAGAGCGAGGAGGAGGAUGAUUACAACCCCGUCUUCGACAUGGACUACUUCGACUUCUCCAUAACGGGCGACCGAGGAGGCAAGCAAGGCCCUGGCAGGAGCAGGCAGUCGGCGACGGCCUCGACGUCGACCUUCAAGACGCCGAGGAUCAGGGAGAAAUGGAAGAACCUUCCGCGAGUGAACCUCAAGAACGACCAGGGGAUGAAGGUCGUGGAAGACGGCGUCGUGUUCUCCGCGGCCGCCGAGGAGCUCCUGAAGGAGUCCCACCUCAGCGACGCCACGAUAGGGGAGGUGCAGGCCCAGCUCAGGUCGCACAAGGUCGUCAAGCUGGAGGAGCCCAACUGGGAAAAGUGCGGACGACCCAAGAACCAGUGGGUGGAGCUCAGCACGGGAGGAGCGGCCUGUGCGCGGUACAGGUAUCCCGACGACUAUCUGCUCGUGGGCGAGGUCCUAAGCUUUUACCUGUCGCGGGUCCUGGGCGUGGGCCACGUCCCGCCCGUGGUCCUGGCCGCGCCCGCACACCCACGCUGGUCCGCCGUCGCCUCCGAUAUGUCGCGGGCGGGCUGGGGGGACGCGCCCGUGGUCGUUCUCACGCCCUGGGUCGAGCGGCUGGUCAGAGACCGCAUGCCCACCAUAUUACUGGACGCUCUCUUGAAGGACAUCCCUGUAAGCAUCUUAGGAGACGAGUAUCCUAUGGGACCUCCGGAGGUGGUAGGGAAGCACAUGCCCUCCGUUGGGUAUCGCAUUUACCCACCAGUCAUGGGCGGAGCAAAGAAAUCGCGAGACAGUUUGAAGACGCUGUCAGAGAGGGAGCUGGCGCAGCUGGUGCAGUGGAGUGACUUGCUGGUGUUUGACUAUCUGACGGGGAACUACGACCGUCUGGCCUACAUGCAGGACGCGGCCGAGAAGGAGGGCCGGCCGCAGAUCCUCAGUGGCACCAUCCAUAACCUGGUUCGGAGCGAGGCGACGGACGCCCUGUGGCUCCUGGACAACGAGUCCGGUCUGAUGGACGCCUACAGCCUCCUGUACGGCGCCUCUUCCGACCCUGCCCAGGCCUCCCGGUUCCAGGGCUUCCACACCCGCGCCCUUCGGUCUAUGUGCCUCUUCAGGAGGUCAACGAUGGAGGCGAUUCUCGGAUUAGCCAGUCACCCGGAGCCUCACAGCCUCCUGGUGACGUUCCUAAGGGAGAACGAGCCGCUGGCCGGGAAGCUGCCGGACCCCCUUGGCAACCCGCUGUUCGUGAGGCACUUCGCCGAGCGCGUGCGGGAGGUGCACAGCUGGAUGGUCAAGUGCACCGAGGUCGUCCAAAAGCGGUCAAGGGGCGCAGAACGAGGCGAUGAAGGGCUGUGGGGGCGAAUGUGUAUAUAUAUAUGCUUGUGUAUACAGUGUCAUAAAUGCUAUUUUUCUAUGCCUUUAAUAAAAAGAAACAAAAAGACUUCUUGCAGUUGUUAACCCCAUGGAAAAUGUCUGAGGAGGGCAUUGGCGACAGCAAG